AGGCGGUUGUGUCGCGGAAAAACGUAAAAGUUCGAGCUCUUAAAUACCUUAGUGAAGCGGUGUGCCGCGGAAAUGCAUCUUCUGCCGUUGAAUUUAAAAACCUAAUCGAGACUUCGCAGCUGUAGCCUUUUCAACGACUAAGACUUAAACGACGAAAAAAAUAGCUGCCAUCCGCUUCCACCAAAAGCAAACGAACGUUGAGAAUAUCAAGCAAAAAGGAGUUGAAAAUAUUAACCAGCAAAACGAAAUUGUAAUAAGUAAAUUUUGAAACGAAAGAAAGAUCUCCGAAAGAUCUGCGCUGCUGCAGCUGCUGCCCACACACACACACACUAGUACACACCACACCACACCACACACACACACAAAAUGUUCAUCGAAAAGGGAAUUUUUCCCAUUGGGGACGGACUUUUGGACGUGGACGCCGAUCGAUUUAAGGGAUUACUGGUAUCGAACGAUAUAAACGAGAUCUACGAGGUGGAGCAGACGCCGUUUGCCAGGGGCAAAUUCGCCGCCGUUCGCCGCGCCAUCCACAAGAACACUGGCUCACACUUUGCGGCCAAGUUCCUGAAGAGAAGGCGCCGGGCGCAGAGCAGUGACAAGGAGAUCAAGCAUGAGAUCGCGGUGCUGAUGCUAUGUGCAGGCGAGGACAACAUCGUCAACCUCAAUGCCGUCCAUGAGACGCGCUCGGACACAGCACUCCUGCUGGAGCUGGCCACUGGUGGCGAGCUGCAGACAAUCCUGGACAAUGAGGAGUGCCUGACGGAGGCGCAGGGCCGCCACUGCAUGCGGGAAGUGCUCAAGGCCCUGAAGUUCCUGCACGAUCGUUCCAUUGCACAUCUGGACCUCAAGCCACAGAACAUCCUGCUCGCCGGCGAGCGUGUAGAAGAUGGCCUAAAGCUGUGCGACUUUGGUAUCUCGCGAGUGGUCUGCGAGGGCAUCAACGUGCGGGAAAUGGCUGGCACACCCGAUUACGUGGCCCCCGAGGUGCUCCAAUACGAGCCGCUUUCCCUGCUAACGGACAUUUGGUCAGUGGGCGUCCUCACCUAUGUGCUGCUCUCCGGAUUCUCGCCCUUUGGCGGCGAUACCAAACAGGAGACCUUCCUCAAUAUCUCGCAAUGUGCCCUCACCUUUCCGGACAACCUCUUCGGCGGCGUCUCGCCGGUGGCCAUCGACUUUAUACGUCGCGCAUUGCGAAUUAAGCCAAACGAUCGCAUGAGUGCAGCCGGCUGCCUGGAGCAUGCCUGGCUAAAGGACGACUGCUCUCUGGACAGACAGAUCUAUCUGCAGCCACAAAGCUAUGCCGAGGAGGAGGAAGAUGAAGAGGAGGAGGAAGAGGACGACGACGACGACGACGAUGAACACGACGACAAUAAAGUUGAAGACGAAGCCGAUAACGAGCCUGUGAAGGAGGAGCAAACCGUGCCGGAGCCGGAAAAGGAGCAACAGCAACAGCCGCAGCAACUACAACAACAGCAGCAGCAACAGCAGCAGCAGCAGCAUCCGAACCAGCCAAAGCUCCUGAGCAAUGGCAGCAUCAAAUCAACGCACAAUGGCCAUCAUCGAGCCAAUAGCAGCGGCAGCAUUUCCAAGAUCCCCAUAGCCACCAGCAAGCUGCAGCUCCUAAGCAGUCCCACGUCGGAGACGAACACCAUAACCACGACCACGGCCAUUCACACGCUGAGCAGCAACACCAAUAGCCACAGUCACAGUCACAGUCAUGCUCUCAGUCACAGUCACGCUCACAAGCCCACACAAAUUGUGACACCGACGCGUCGAGCUUCCGAUUCGGACAAGGAGAACACAUAUACGGCCACGUUUAUGAAGAAACCGCCAGUGGCCAGCAUCCAGCUAAACUCCAGCACCAAUGGCAUGGAAGAGGCCACAGUGGUGGCCACGCUAACGCUCUUUCCCGACGCGCCCACCACACCCAAAGUGAUUCGCAAGACGCCAUCCAGCGAAUCGAAUGGUUCGGCGACAUCCGUGAAGGCUUUGGUCAAGAAGUUCCAGCUGGAGGAAGACUCCUCCAAUCGGCGAAACAUCGGCAGUGGCAGCGGCUGCAAUUCACCGAUCACGACGACGCCAACGUCGACCAGAAUGAACUGCCUACGUAGGGCCUCGGAGCCCCUGACCACGGCGGUGUUCAAGAAGCAGCCAAGCCCAAGUCCGAGCCCAAGUCCUGGCAGCAGUCCAACCGCCACCACCAACAGCAGCACCGCCACCCUGCUGAUCCAUAGCCAGCGAUUGGGCAGCAGCCCAGCGCCUGCCAGCAACACUGCCGCCCCAACAGCCACCGCAACCGCAACCGCCUCCAGCUCCAACACCAACACCAACACCAACACCAACUCCAACUCUGGCUGCAGUUCAGGGAAAUCUUCCAGUGCGACCGCUGCCCAUUUAUUGCAUCAUCAUCAUAUGCAUCACCACCACCACCAUCACCAUCAUCAUGUGGUCAUUGCAGCCAAGAAUGCCGCCGCUGUGGCCGCCACCAACAACCUGAGUCUGGAUCAGGGUAUCAUCUGUUAGCUAAGGGCCAGCCGGGCCAGCCGCAAUGCCAAGAGUUUCUUUCAUCGCUUCCUUUGCUGCAUGUAACCACCAGUCCCGGCCACGCCCACUACAACCACCACCACCACCACCACAAUCACCACCAACAAUGCCGCUCGUUGGCAACGGAGGAGUGGCGACUGCAGGAUCACUACGUGGGCAAGUGGCGAAUUGGAUAGCGAAACGGAAAGGGAAACGGAAACGGAAAGGAAACCGAAACGGAAAAGCUGGUGCUGCAGCUAUAGCUCGAUGGAGACGUGGCUAAGGGGAUGGAAAUGGAAGUGGAUGUGGAGCGAGGAUGAGGAUGCAUUGAUAUUGAUUUGAGCUUAGUUUAGUUAAUGGUCGAAAUGGCAACUUAUCAACCAGGAACCCCACCCACCACCACAUAUACAACACACACACACACACUAGCACACGCAACACACACUAGAAGGAAACCCCCGUAAAAAAAAAAAAAAACAAGUUAGCUAAAGUCAAGGGGAAACAAAUGAGAAAAUUUUAGCGAAAGGAAAAAGAGUAGUGAGUUUAAGGAGUAUGGUAGGAUUCGGAAGAUCGGUAGACAUACCAAAGACUUUAUAAUAACAAUAUGCGUAACGCUCAUAGAUUUGAAUUUUGUAAUAUGCAAGUGAUUUUUCUGCGUAAAAAUCGAAAAAAUGGAAAGCGCUUCAAGCGUCCAAAAAGUGCGUAUAUGUACGUACAGAUCUAGAAUCCUUAAGAAUAUGUGUGCAUACGUGGGAUAUCGUUAUAUGCCAAUAAGAGAGCGUUACUCAUUUUGUUAUUAAAAGGUUUUUGGACAUACCCCACAUAUCAUCCAUGUUUGUGUUAUGCGACAACAGCUGAGUAGAGUUCAAUUGUUUCAACGAAUAUAUAAUAUAUAUAAAUGUCAAUUUCUUGGCUCAGAGGACUGGCCUUAGCAUAAAUUAUACAAUUUAAUAAUUUAAAAAAAUAUUAAAUUUAAAGAUUAAUAGAAUAUAUACAACAUGAAUACAUACGUCGUAGCAUAUACAUAUAUGUACCAAAAACAAAAAUAAUACGAACUUGUGCAUAAGAGUUGAGUUGAGUAUAUCGCUAUUGUUAAUCGUAUCAGUCAAUCAAUCAAUCAAUCAAUCAGUCGAUCGAUCGUA